UUCUCACUAGGGCUAAUUCUCAAGUAAGACGAGGAUGGGCCUCCCUCUAUUCUGUCUCCAUGGUUACCUAACCUCCCGCUGUAGUGACACCGACAACAUCGUCCCACAUAGCGCACGCGCGUUAGAUAAGCCGGUGGAGGCGACUAUGGCAGUCGCUGCCGUGGCGCAUGCGCUUUGAAGUAGCCUCGCUGUGGCAAUAAUGGCGGCGGCUCCGCGGUGCUGACUAUGCGCCGGUCUUCCCGCGUCGUGUCCGCCGAGCUUUGCUGCUUGGCUCAGUCCCUAUGAGGAGGCAGCGGCAGCUGGGCGGCCAUGGGCUCGCUAAGCAGCCGGGUGCUGAGGGGGCAGGUGGGAGCCCCGCGCGGCGGAGGAGAGGCGUCGUCGUCCGCGGCGACUGUGGCCGUGAAGGGGGACGGCAGCGGCGGGAGCAGAGGAAGCCGCGGAGGGACGGCCAAGAGGAAGCGGGGCGGCCCUGGCGAUGGCUCGAGCGACAGCGAUAGCGACGGGGAGGGCGAGCGGGAAGAGCGGCUGCUGAACACCCCCAGAAGGAAAAAGCUAAAAAGUACCUCCAAGUAUAUUUAUCAGACUCUGUUUUUGAAUGGUGAAAACAGUGAUAUUAAUAUUUGUGCCCUGGGAGAAGAGUGGAAUUUGCACAAGGUAUACUUGUGUCAGUCUGGCUACUUUUCCAGUAUGUUCAGCGGUUCGUGGAAGGAAUCGGGCAUGGAUACAAUAGAACUGGAAAUUCCUGAUCAGAAUAUUGAUAUAGAAGCUUUACAGGUGGCCUUUGGUUCACUUUAUCGAGAUGAAGUGUUAAUAAACCCCAGCCGAGUCAUUGCCCUCCUAGCAGCUGCCAGCAUGUUGCAAUUGGAUGGCUUAAUUCAGCAGUGUGGUGAGACAAUGAAGGAAACAAUCAAUGUGAAAACUGUGUGCAGUUACUAUAAUUCUGCAGGAACAUAUGGAUUAGAUUCGGUUAAGAAAAAGUGCCUUGAAUGGCUGUUGAACAACCUGAUGACACAUCAGAGUGUGGAACUCUUCAAAGAACUAAGCAUAAACCUCAUGAAACAGCUGAUCAGUUCCUCUAACCUGUUCGUAAUGCAAGUGGAGAUGGAUGUGUAUACGGCUCUCAAGAAGUGGAUGUUCCUUCAGCUAGUGCCUUCUUGGAAUGGAUCACUAAAGCAACUUUUAAGUGAAGCUGAUGCCUGGUUUUCCAAGCGCAGAAAAGAUUUAGAGCACGGCCUAUCGUUCUUAGAGUCUGAACAAGGACGUCCAUUUCUGACAGUGUUCAGACAUUUAAGGCUGCAAUAUAUAGUUGGUGAUCUGGUAUCUGCAAGAAUUAUUGAACGAGAUAGUUUGAUACCGGAAGAGUGGCUGUCCUCUGUUUACAAACAGCAGUGGUUUGCCAUGCUCAGAGCAGAACAAGACAAUGAUAUUGGGCCUCAGGAAAUCAAUAAAGAAGAACUUGAAGGAAACAGUAUGCGAUGUGGCAGGAAACUCUCCAAGGAUGGUGAUUAUUGUUGGCGAUGGACGGGUUUCAACUUUGGCUUUGAUUUGCUGGUCACCUAUACCAACCGUUACAUCAUUUUCAAGCGCAAUACACUGAAUCAGCCAUGCAGUGGCUCAGUCAGUUUGCAACCCCGGAGGAACAUUGCUUUCAGGUUGCGUCUGGCUUCUUUUGAUAGCAGUGGAAAACUAAUUUGCAGUAGAACUGCAGGAUAUCAGAUAUUAACCCUUGAAAAAGAUCAGGAACAGGUAGUGAUGAACUUGGACAGCCGACUGUUGGUCUUUCCUCUGUAUAUUUGUUGUAACUUUCUAUAUACUUCCCCAGAGAAAAGAAUGGAGAAUGAUGGGCCGCCAGAUAACUUGGAAAACUGAGCAUUAUCUUAAGAACUCGGCACUGUUAAUCCAUUUUCUUGAAUGCUUUAAUACACAUGCUGCAUUGGUGCACAGAGGGGAACAGAAUUAAAAAGCCUUAUGUACUGUAACAGAUAAAAUGCAACUUCUACUACUUACUGUACAUUCCUAUGCAUUUCUGAAACAUUUACUAUUAAUUAUGGCAAACGUGUUUUUUAUAUGCAUCAUCAGUGGAGGCUGCACAUUUGGCAAUUAGAUCCCCCCCUGCCUAUUACAAACUGAAUUGCAGCUGGCAAAACUGGGCCUGUUUAAAUGUUAAUAAUCUGUUUGUAUAAUCCAUGACAUCUGUUACACUUACGUUAAUCUGUUAUUUAAUGGUACCUAGGUUUUGUUCUGAAUGGUACUUAGGUUUUGUUCUGGCAGAACUUUAUACAUUUUAAGGGUUGGUUGUUCUCUCCCUGAUCUAAAAAAAAAUAUAUCUGCCUUGACCCCUUUGGGUUUUUUUUAUUCAUUAAGCAUUUUCGGAUGUAUUCAGUUCAAUCCUUUUAUGUAAUAUAUGUUUACAUGUAUAUUCUACUUGUUCUCAAAGUAUUUUUUUUAAACAUUGGAUGUAUUUUUAAACUUUGCUUUGCACAGGAGAAGAGAUGAAUUUAGCAGUUCCAAUCAUGCAGUUUUGGUGCAGUGAAGGCACAUGCCUCCAUAUUUGAGGAGUAUUCCCCCCCCCCCCCGUGCCAUUAAAGCACAGAGCCUUCCCCAGUUCCGAAAUGUGUGAAGAGGUUCUUGCUGAUAAGAUUACCAGAUCCAGAGAGGUCCCUGUCUUUAAGAGUUGCAUCAGAAAGAUUCUGGCCACCUCGGCUUCUCCUUUCAGCACAUCUUUGUCGUAGCAAGAACCACUCCUGUGACAUUCUGAAUCAUAUGACACUCUUAAACGCACAAGAGGCCCCUCGGGUUCUGAGCCAAGCACCAUUUUUAGCUCACUUGGAGACGUGUGGAUUGGAGCAUGGAUUGUGGUUCAAACGCUCGAGAAGAACUUUAAGAAACGCUUUCGUCUUUGAGAACUCUCCGUGGUGUGCCUUGCACCUCCUCCGUCUUUCUCAUAUGGGCCUGUCAGAAAUUUUCACAUAGAAUUCCGUUGAAGCCAAAUGUGUGCCAAGGAGAAGAUUUUGAAGGAUGAUAGUUUCAGUAAUCCUUAUCCUGAUUACGCUCAGGAACUUGUGACCUUGGAGUGCCUUUUGAGUUAUAUGUGCAUUUGAACAGUUUUCGCAUCACUAGGUUGGAGGAUCCAAAAAUAGGAACCAAGAUCAUAGAUGUCUUGGAUUGGUAUACAAAAAAAGAGAUCCAUGGAAGGCGAGAUGUAAACUUUUACGUCAUUUGUAUAUACCUGAUUAUUUUCUUUCUUUUUGGGUUUGCUGUUGUAUCUUAAAUUUUGUUAGUAGCCUAUUUUGUAAUAUUACUUUAAAAAAGUAUUCUUUUUAUGCUAUGAAGAUAAGUAACAUGUUCAGCAAUUUGAAACUAUGUUGAAUUGUGAAUAAACAUCUACAAUUAUAA